UUUUUCAUUCUCCAGGCUGCACCUGUGCUUGGCUGUCACCCUCCACACAGAAGGUGUCUCUGCCACCACCCCGGCCCCGCUCUAGGACAACUGCUCAGUGACAAAGGUCCUUCAUGUUUUCUGAGGGACCCCUCAUGUGGAACCAGGGCAGGGAUGGAGAAGAGUUUUGAGAGAUUUGAGGAGGAGUUAGACGGACAAGAACCUCCACCUCAGAAGCCUGUCCGCAGACCAGGUCCAGAAAUGUACGCUCAGGAGAGGAGGAGGACCCUCCAGGAGAGGACCACGCCUUCUCAACAGGAAUCUCCAGUCAUGCAGCAAGUCCCCAAGAUGAUGCCCAGAGAACGCAGUCUCCCUGCCAGAAGCAUGCCUCUGCGUAAAGCUAUGUCUCUCCAGAACUUGAGCCAGAUAGAGACACCCUGGGAAGGGGUCACCCUCAACCGCUGUCUGUUCAUAGCCAUCACCAUCCUGCUGCUCAGCACUGGCUUUCAGAAACUACAAGAAACCAUAAAAGGUGGACGGGGUGUGGAGGAAGAGGAGUAUGACAUUGCACUGACUGUGAGGCGCUCCUCACUGAGACACAAAGUCCAACCACAGGAGCCUGAGACUUCUCUGUAUGAGGUGCUCUUCUGGUGGUUUCCCGACUUUGAUGACGGUGAUAAUGAAGAAGACGAUGAAGGGGAAACCAAACAAGGUGGAGUGAAGAAGGGGGUUCGAGAGAGGUCACUGAAGGGUCUGAGAAGCAAGGGAACACCAGAGAGAAAACUUGUCAAAGGCAGAGAGGGGAAGACAAAAGAUAAGAGGGCCAAGAGAGAGAGGGAUGAAGAAACUAAGGGAAAGAAAAAGGGAAAACAGGCCAAGAGAGAGAGGGAUGAAGAAAUGGAUGAGGAAGAGGAGAUAAAUGAAGAGGAAGACGAGGUAAAACCCAAGAAGCUACAAAGGGUCAUGAAAUCAAAAGCCAACUAAUCUAAAGGCAAACACCAUGCCGUCUGAUGAAGCAUUUAGUAAAGGACUACAAUGAUAGUUCUAGUUCUCUAUUAGUAAUAGUAAAAUGAGGCCACAUCUCUUACAACUAAUAAAUGCUGUUGGCUCAUUGGCAGCCAUUACACAUGCCAGUCAGAAGAGCAAAUCAGUUCUUAGUCUGCCAUGUACUUGUUGCUUAGAAUAUUGUUGAAUGAUUUGUGGUUUGUAUUGUAAAGAUGAGCAAGACUUAUGAGUAAUUGUAUGGGUGCUAUUGGAAAAUAACUGCUCAACUGGGGCCCCUUUAUAGUAAUGUUGGAUGUUUCAGACUGCCUGUUACUGCUGGGCAAUUGAUGUACUUUUUUUGAUAACAUUGUAAAUACUGUACUUGAAAAGAAACUUGCUUUAUCUAACAUCUCAUUUCUGCUACCCUAACUCUGUCACAGAGCAUUGAACACAUCAAUAAAGUUUACCCUGUGUAAUCUUUGAGAAACAAAUAAAAGUCCUGUAUUAUUGCACAAGCA